AUGAGUCCCGUUCCCUCAUGGUUGCGAAUCUACGACGAAGCAGCCAAGGAUCUCUUCGGGCAGGACCCCAAACUCGAAGUGCUGCUCGAAGAUGACAAGUGCCCGUUUGCCCACGAAGCAGGCGUCUUCAUGCCCGAGGAAAACUGCCUCUUCGUAACAAGCAACCAGUACCAGCACCCGGCUACGGGCAAAACCCACAUCCACGUCUCGCGCAUCCAGCUAUCCGCAGACGCAGCCAGCACCGACGCAAAGUACGCCGAGGUCAACGUCAAGAAUGUGCACAUGGCCAAUGGGGGUGUAAACUACAAAGAUGGCAUUCUAUUCUGUUCGCAGGGCACACUGGAUACGCCUGGUGGCAUAGCAUACAUGCACUCAAAACCAGGCUUCUCGUCUUCUACUACCUACGAGGCUAGGAUGCUGGUUAGCUCCUUCCAUGGCCGCCCUUUUAACUCCCCCAACGACGUCGUCGUCCAGUCCGACGGCUCGAUUUGGUUCACUGACCCGAAUUACGGCUGGGAGCAGAAGAUUCGCCCGCCACCUAGGCUGCCGAAUCAGGUGUAUCGCUUUGAUCCUGCCACGGCGUGUAUCCGCGCAAUGGCGGACGGAUUUAGUAGGCCGAAUGGCAUUUGCUUUAGUCCUGAUGAGCGGAUUGUCUAUGUGACGGAUACCGAUUGGAUUCAUGGCGAUGGGUCGACGGAUGAUGCGAGGGUGUCGCAUAUAUAUGCGUUUGAUGUCCAGACUUACUCUGGCCAACCGUUUUUGACCAAUCGACGGCUAUUUGCCAUGGCCGACACUGGCGUUCCUGACGGCAUCAAGUGCGAUUUGGACGGCAAUGUCUACAGUGGAUGUGGAGAUGGACUGAACAUCUGGUCUCCUGGUGGCGUUUUGCUGGCAAAGAUUCUUGUCGAUGGUGGUGUCGCCAACUUUUGUUUCGGGAAAGACGGUCAAGUCUUCUUGCUGAACGAAUACAAGCUGUGGAGACUGCAGCUGCACGAACGCUGCAAAGGGGCGUUAUUGAGACUUUGA